AUGGCUUGUGCGGAUCAACAGUCGUUCAAAGUAACGCGUGAAAAUUGGCUAGAAGAUCAUCCGAAAUUCAAGGAAAUACAAUCCUUCGGUUACUUUAAUGAAAAGUCUUCAUUAGCAAGAGCGGUGAUAACAGUUUAUUUAGAUCUUUGCGAAAACAAGCACUGGUUUGGUGUUUGCAUUCGUCCCUGCGAAUCACUGAAAUUAGUUUACAUAACAGGAAAAAGAACGAAGAAAUCUCAAGUUGAUGUUGUAGUUCCACUUACCAUAGGCACAGCUUUAACAAUGGAAGAAAUUCGGGACAUUCUACAGGAAGUUAAUAGAUGUGAACAAGAGGGGGAAGACGCGGAAAUGGAAUCGAGUUGCGCGAGCUCACGAGUGACGGUUGCCUUUUGUGAGGCGGAUUCUACAGUGGUUUAUUACGACUUUUUUCAAGGGCUUGUACCCCCGGAUCCACCAGACGAGGAAGAGGAACAGGAAGAGCAGGUUAAGUCAGGGCGCAAAAAGGUCAGGCAAAAGAAAGAAAAAACUCAUCCCAAACUCACAGACUGAUCUGAUAAAAGCUUCACUUUGAUUUCAUAGGCGUACGGGCAAAUUUUUGCGGGGGGGGUGGGGAGGGGCGUAAACCAUUUGCCCCAAAAAAUGUUGCAAGUUGCGCAAAUUUUUUCAAAACAGUCGAAAUGAAACGAGGGCCAUACGAUGGAACAACAGAGGCCGUACUGGCAUAUGAUAUGAAAGUGGCUCGAUAGAGUAUUUCAGGACAAUACCUGCCAAAUUUGAGCAUAAACUAUGUCGCCAUAAACAGACAUCUGGAAAAAUUGCCACCACAGUUGUAUUAGAUAAGGAUGAAAAUUUGUCAUGAUCAGGGUUGCAAUGACAUCAGAGUUGUCAUAGCAACAAAAUGAUGCCAUUACCUAUUAUACUUGCUGCAAUAUUUCUUACCAGGAACUGUUCUUACAAAAUCGUUCACGGGAGCAUUUUCCUCCGAUAGUCGCCUUGAUGUUUGAGAAAUCAAGUUAAAACGGAAUCUGUAAGAGCGUUAUCGAGAUGUUUUGAGACAAAGUUUAUAUUGUUAGAAAUACUGUAAAAAAGGACAAUCUUGAUGUUUGGCAGUCAUCUGUAGAAAACGAAGCGCUUUUGACAUGCAAUUUCACCUCAUAGUAGUUUCAGUCUUUUUAAAAAUGUGUGUGAAAGAUCAUGGAGAUAGCUCUAGCCAAUUGCUACAAAAAAAGGAUUUGAUUAGUAUGUAUCAUGGGGCUCUUGUUAGCGGUUUUGUAAACAUUCCAAUCUGCAAAUAAACAAAUUAGUGAAUAACUUUUUAAACCACUUGAUAGAUUUUUUAAAAAUAUUAAGAUUCUUCUCAUAAUUCAAACUGAGAAUUAGUCAGCCACUUCUUCACUUUCAGACCCAUUGUUGAUGCGUAUUCUGUCAUACACUGAUCUCCGAGCAGAGAAAAAUUUUAAGUCAUGCGGAAGUUGAUUAUAAUCAAUUCACGACUGGAAAUAGCCCAUUCAAGCUAGUGCAGUGCAGUACAGUGCCCAACAAUAAAAAAAAUUAGCAUAUGAUACCCUUCCUUAUAACCAGAAACUCAUCAUGUUCUAGGCAACCACUGUCUCAUGUGAAUGUAACUGGAUUAUUACGCCGACUUCAGGUUAAAAUAGAAAAUAUUUAUCUCUUCAAAAUAAUAAUUAAAAAACAUGGAAAUGUCUUUAAAAACUGGCUCUGGCCAAACUUUUUCUUGCUGCCCAAAAAGUCUGAGUUGCCCAAAAUUUUGGGGGGCUGCAGCCCCCCUCGCCCGCCCCGCCUUCCCCCGGCCCAUACGCCCAUGAUUGAUUUUAUAGAAUAAUAUUUUUUUGUACCCUGUGAGCUAGUAGAGGCUACUCUUUCACGACCGGUGUUUCUAUGUAUUGGUGUGCAAAAGGCUACGUCUACUUACGUUCCUCAUACUAUUUUUAAUCCAACAUUCGAAUGGGCAACCCUAAAUCUGGGCAUUGAGAAAUGUUGCCAUUUGAGAGAAAACAAUUCAAAACCUUCGCUUUGGUCCUUGGAUUUACAAGAUCAUAGACAGCACUCAAGUUAUCGGGUAUUCCUUCAGGUAAUCGAUCAUUUAGAUAUAGACAAAGGAAAAUCACAUCUCCUGGAGGUGUAAACAGGGGUCGUGCUAUUAAUAUGCUUGAAGUCAUCAAUUUAACAAAUCCCGAAGAAGCCAAGAACCUCACGAAACGUUUCUUUGAAGAUGAACUCAAAAUGGACUUAGCUGACCCACGCUUUAAUAACUGACCUGAAUAUUUCAUCGCCAGUUUGCUAGAAAGCGUAGAGAAAGUUCAGUUUCAGUCUGUUAUGGCAUAGAAGACGAAGUUCUAUACAUGCAUUGACAAGAAAUCCGGAGAUUUUCCAAUUGAAUGCAAACACCGACAACGACGAACUAGCAAAGCUGAAUAAAUCAUGGAGGACUUUUCUAAAAAUUACCACAAUUCUCCCAACUUGAAUCCAAAUAUUUUCAAGUGGCCUACUCCAAGCCAAAAACAGGACGAAACAGUAACUUAACUGGAAGGAAAAAACUAACUUCGUCUUUUAGAGAACAAACUGAGAUGGCCGGGCCCAGGUGAAGACAAUGAAGAAUUCUCAACCAAAUACGAAGAGAUGCGAAAAAAAAUCCAUGAAUGCCUUCAGGCUACGCCGACAGAACCAAGAGAAUGGCUUAAAACAAACCUUAAGUUCGAUACUUAAGAACAAUUAUAAAUCAUUUUCUCUCACAUGCUCAACAAAGAUGUUACCCUACUCAUGCAGACUGCGCAGAGUCUUUCUCGAUUGAGUUCGCCAAAAUCGAGCUAGCCAAGAAAAGGUUCACCGGCCCAAUGAAAAAAUGUUGGAAAUUUGAUUACUGUGCAACAGAUUUCAGUGGUAAACUAAACUGUUUUUUGUGAAACUUGACUAGAGAUGAUAAACGUGACGUUUCUAACCUGCUAUUUGUUUUUAAUACGUUUUUCUCAAAUUUAUGCGCAAUGAUUAAAGAUACAGGAUAAUUAUUCUCCACAGAAAGGUUUGAAGCUUUUAUUAUUUUGUUCCUUCGGACUUCUUACUUUAAUUUAUUCCGCAGGAGCUGGUGGAAAUAGGUCGAAAUAUGGCUAUUGUUCUUUGAAGUUGCGAGCUAAUUAGUUAGUCAAGUUUUAUCGAGUCGGAAAUAUUUAUUUCUGAAGGCGUCCGCGUUAAUUGUUCAUUGUUGAACUGAAAUUUCGGGUUUUUCUCACUGUAUUAAUUUUUUUUAGAUCGAAGUCCCAUGCGUAUUUUGAUUGUAAAUUGGUAAUUAUCACCGAGAAAUCAGGUGCUGAGAGUCAAAAUACUUUCUUUGCGACUUAUUGACAAAAGUCGCUUUUUUCAACUAGCAAAUUUUUUCUUCACAAGUUUUCUUAACUUUCUCUGCCUUGAUGAUGAAGAAUCAUUGUUUACCCCUAAGGUUUGAUUUUUUUAUUUUUACUACCCCAGCACUUUUUAAUGUAUCCUGAAGGAUGUCAAGUUUUAAGUCUAGACUCAUUCAAAAGCUAGUUUGGUCAUCGAUUUGUGAAGUUUUAAUCUAGUCGGCAAACUUUCCUUCCGAGGGCGUCCUAUUAAAGCGUUAAUUGUUCAGUGAUGAAUUUGAACACAGGGAAUUGCGUGCUUUUCUGAAUAAAUUGUCAAGCCUCAUUAAUUAACGUUGGUGCUUUUUUCAGUUUUUUUUUUUAUAUCAGGUAAUUCCCAAGCGUAUCCAUCGUUUUCGCCUGCAAGAGCCAUGUUACGUAAUCCCGGAGAGUCGGCAAACUUUACUCUUUCAAUGUGAUCAAUCGAAAGCGUUGAUUGCCCAUCGUUCAACAAGGAGUGCGAGUUUUUCUCACAUACAGUUUCAAGAAAAGACAAAAACAAAAACAAAAAAUUUCUCAUGCUGGAUUGAAUUUUAAUCGAGCGAUCGUAUAAAUGGAGACACAAAUUUCAAGCGAUUUAACUUUUUGUAGCUUGAAACUUCCGUGCCCUGCCUGGUACAGCUGUGAAGACCACCAAAAUCAGCUAGGAGAUCUUUGGCCUUCAAUCACAGUCAGGAUUCACUGCCUCCUCGAAAGUGCCAGGUUUGUUCUUGGUCUUCUUCGUUCAACCUCUACUUUUGCCUAAGUAAGCUUCUGUUUACAUUUAUCGCUGACAAUUAAUCAGAUUGUGGAAACGGUUUAAAGAGCCAUAAUUUUUUUAUGGUUCUGAAUGCUUUUUUUGUUGAAGAAAGAAAUUAUUCUUUUAAACUUAACCUAAAUGAUUUUUUCCUCUGUGUGCGUCUUCGUCGCGCGAAAAUACCUGUGAACAUUUUACAUUUUUCUUCGGUGGAUAUUGAACGGGACGGGCAAAAUAUAGAUUUACCAGCCAUCAAGAUAAACUCGGGUCAAAUUGGCUUUUCUUUUAUUGAUGUCUAUUGUUGAAAAAUUUUGAAGGAAUUACUCGGCAGAAGUGUUUUGUUGUAGUAUGAAGUGAUACGAAAACUGAUAUUUCUUAUGCUUUGAGGGCAAUGUGGAUGCCAACAAGUGAAAUGAAUAUGGAUGUAACCGGCUGCACCGAGUUGCGAGUGUACGAUUAAUUGUUUAGUUUCACUGAGUUUCACUGGGAAUCUCUAUUGGCGCCUUGAAUAAUAAGUUAAGGUUAUUAUGCUCUUUUCAAAAAGACUAAGGAAUUUUUGCUUAAAGAUUUGUUUUUCAGUUUUCUCUCUAGCCUAUGUCUGUCUUAUGACUACUUAAUUAGCUAUGAAUAUUUUGCUAAAUGCUAUUCAGAAUGGUUUGCUUCCAUCAGUGAUCCUGAAAGGUGAUUUCAAAUAGCAGGCGACAUUGCUUGGUCAAUGACGUCACAAAAAAGGUUUUCCUAAACGGGGAAGGGUUGCAAACCUUAAUCUUUGGAAUUUUCACAACCACAAUGUUCCAUAAACAGUGUAAAUCGUAAAUCUGCCUAGUAUGAUUGGAAAUGUUAUUUAUCCUGACCCUUUUCCCUUCAUUGACCGAUUCCUAUAUAACGCAGAUCAUAGUAAUUACAACCACAAUUAACACUCCUUUUCAUAUUUCUAACAGGUAUGCCUAACUAUAAUGAAGAGCACAACAAUUUGCCAAGCAAGAGAGUACAAAAUACAAUAAACGUACUGCCACUGUCCUCAACAGGAUAUCAGCGCAGCCAACUCAGUUGAAUAUCUUGUGUCAUUGAAAAUUUCCGUAAAAACCAAACCUUUGGUAAGUUAG